UCACUAGCUCCCCACGAGCCAGCUCAGCCAGGCAGGGAAGGAGGGAGUGGGACAGUUCUGGGACCGCGGGGAGGAGUCCUGUCUGGGCUGAGCCAGGGUUUGCUGCUUGGCGGUGCCACAGCCCAGGCCCCAGAGCCUUGCUGGAGAGGAGGUGGACCGAGGAGGCAGGCCCCGCGCGAGUGAGGCAGCGAGAUGGCAGACUGCUACACGGAGCUGGAGCAGGCGGUCGUGAUCCUGGUGGAAAACUUCUACAAAUACGUGUCUAAGUACAGCCUGGUCAAGAACAAGAUCAGCAAAAGCAGCUUCCGAAAGAUGCUGCAGAAAGAGCUCAACCAUAUGCUCACGGACACGGGGAACCGAAAGGCAGCUGACAGGCUCAUCGAGAACCUGGACGCCAACCACGACGGCCGUAUCAGCUUCGACGAGUACUGGACCUUGAUAGGCGGCAUCACCAGCCCCAUCGCCAACCUCAUCCGCCAGCAGGAGCAGCAGAGCAGCAGCUAGAGGACCUGCCACCGUCCCUCCAGGGCACGGCCCCAAUGCCGGGCCCCUCUCGCUCUUCCCAGUCUCCUUCCUCUGCCUCCUGCCCACCCAGGUCCCGCCCUCGCUUCUCCUUCCAGACCUUCUCCUGACCCUCGCUGAACAGGGGGAGGGGGUGAUGUCAGGGUCUCCUUGUGAGCAUCUCAGUCUGGGGGUGCCUUCCUAAGGGUCUCAGUCCCUGGAGCCAGUAGGCCCUGGGGGCCCCUCUGUGAGAUCUCAGUGCUGUUUGGGGACCCCCCCAACAUUUCCUCAGUCCACCCGCCCUUCCAACAGCUGAUGUUCCUGUCUGAUUCUGAGUUUGUCCGACCUCUGGAGGUCAGCUCGCUGCCCCAGGUCUUCCUGCUCCUGGCAGCAGCAGCAGAGACCUGCCUCCCACGCCCAGCCCCUGUGCUGGGCAGAGAACACUUCCAGGGACUGCCCUUCAGCUGCCUCUGGGUCUGGGAACAGCUAAGCAGGGUUGAGCCCCCUCCCUCCUGCUCAGUCACUGAAGCAUGGCAGUAAAGGCUGGAUUUGCAAUUUGUAACCCCCUCACCCGGCCCCUGUGUGAUGCUCAUUAAAAGCGUUCUACCCCUGUAACCUC